GUGGGACCCACCCUGAGAUUUUGUCCUGUGCUCCUUAAAUAGUCUCUGGUAUUCUAAGUUCCAGCCUUGUGUAUUCCCUUCAGGUGAAUCACCGUCUGAUUCCUGCAGGUUCAGGAAAUGCUCUUCCCCAGUCUACAGACCUCACCUGCUAGUAGAUGUGAGUCAUUCGCCUGGGCAGGAGAGCAAGCUGCCGCUCCAGUCACUCCUGAGCAGGAGGGCUGGAAAGGGUGCCCAGGGGGACCGCCUCAGGAGGGGCUGGCGAGCACCUUCUCCCACAGGAGAGAAGAUGCUGAUUCCCCAUGCUUCCCCAGAAAAGCCAGGUCCCUGUCACCCUUAGCUUCAAGGCCUAUUCUUCAUUAGAAAUGAGAAGCCAGUUUCAACUCGAAGACACCCCUGUCAAGUGAACGGACAACCAGCCACCGCAAUGAAAGAAAUUAAACCAGGAAUACCCUACGCUGAGCCCAUGCCUCCAUCGUCCCCGAGUGUUUCCUGACACACAGUUUCGCUUAACAGCACAAAACAACUGAAGAAUGGGGUUCAACUUGACACUUGCAAAAUUACCAGAUACUGAGCUGCACAGCCAAGGGAGCCCCACCCCAAGUAACGUGAGUGGAGAGCCGGGAGAGAACAGCACCGUUCACAAUGAGUUCAACACCAUCGUCUUGCCGGUGCUUUACCUCGUUAUAUUUGUGGCAAGCAUCUUGCUGAAUGGUCUAGCAGUGUGGAUCUUCUUCCACAUUAGGAAUAAAACCAGCUUCAUAUUUUAUCUGAAAAACAUAGUGGUUGCUGACCUCAUCAUGACACUGACAUUUCCAUUUCGAAUAGUCCAUGACGCAGGAUUUGGACCUUGGUACUUCAAGUCUGUCCUCUGCAGAUACACUUCCGUUUUGUUUUACGCAAACAUGUACACAUCCAUUGUGUUUCUUGGGCUGAUAAGCAUCGACCGCUACCUGAAGGUGGUGAAACCAUUUGGGGACUCUCGCAUGUACAGCAUAACCUUUACGAAGGUUUUAUCUGUUUGUGUUUGGGUGAUCAUGGCUGUUCUGUCCUUACCAAACAUCAUACUAACAAACGGACAACCAACUAAGGAAAACAUUCACGACUGCAUGAAACUUAAAAGUUCCUUAGGAGUCAAGUGGCAUAAGGCAGUGGUCUACGUCAACAGCUGCUUGUUUGUGGCCGUCCUUGUGAUCCUGAUCGGAUGCUACAUUGCCAUAUCCAGGUACAUCCACAAAUCCAGCAGGCAAUUCAUCAGUCAGUCAAGCCGAAAGCGAAAACACAACCAGAGCAUCAGGGUGGUUGUGGCCGUGUUUUUUACCUGCUUUCUACCAUAUCACUUGUGCAGGAUUCCUUUCACUUUCAGCCACUUGGACAGACUUUUAGACGAAUCUGCACACAAAAUCCUGUAUUACUGCAAAGAAAUGACACUUUUCUUAUCUGCAUGCAAUGUGUGCCUGGAUCCAAUAAUUUACUUUUUCAUGUGUAGGUCAUUUUCAAGAAGGUUAUUUAAGAAAUCGAAUAUCAGAACCAGAAGCGAAAGCAUCAGAUCACUGCAAAGUGUCAGAAGAUCGGAAGUCCGUAUAUAUUACGAUUAUACUGACGUAUAAGGAUAAGCAGCCAACAGGCCUCCUCUUGUUUGUCAGGAUCAAUGUGUUCAAAGUGUAAAUAAAAUAUUUCUUUUCAUUA